ACGUGACCAGGGGCGUGCUGCGGCCGCCCGGGCGGACCCGGCGAGAGGCGGCGGCGGGAGCGGCGGUGAUGGACGGGUCCGGGGAGCAACCCAGAGGCGGGGGGCCCACCAGCUCUGAGCAGAUCAUGAAGACAGGGGCCCUUUUGCUUCAGGGUUUCAUCCAAGAUCGCGCAGGGCGAAUGGGGGGAGAGACACCCGAGCUGGCCCUGGAGCAGGCGCCCCAGGACGCGUCCACCAAGAAGCUGAGCGAGUGUCUCAAGCGCAUCGGAGAUGAACUGGACAGUAACAUGGAGCUGCAGAGGAUGAUCGCAGCCGUGGACACAGACUCCCCCCGCGAGGUCUUUUUCCGAGUGGCAGCGGAGAUGUUUUCUGAUGGCAACUUCAACUGGGGCCGGGUGGUUGCCCUUUUCUACUUUGCCAGCAAACUGGUGCUCAAGGCCCUGUGUACCAAGGUGCCCGAGCUGAUCAGGACCAUCAUGGGCUGGACCCUGGACUUCCUUCGAGAGCGGCUGCUGGGCUGGAUCCAGGACCAGGGUGGUUGGGACGGCCUCCUCUCCUACUUUGGGACACCCACGUGGCAGACAGUGACCAUCUUUGUGGCCGGAGUGCUGACCGCGUCGCUCACCAUCUGGAAAAAGAUGGGCUGAGGCCACCA